CUGAGACAGACAUUACUGGACACAUGUGAAAGGAGUUUUCUGUCUAGUUCCUUGCAAUGCCUUAAACCGAGACAAUAGGGAAGGUCAAAAGCGACACCCAAAACAGUUUGAUGUAGUGCAUUUCUGUAGCGUGCAGUGGACUCCAAUAGUUUGUUUUCUAUUGCUAGAAGUAGCAUAGUGGCAGUUUAUCUGUUUUUUACUUGCAAAUGCAUUGGAUCAUUUUCAGAUUAAAAUUAUCUAAAGAUGUCUGGGUUGGAAGAAGUAGGCAUACCAGGCAGUGAUUACUUGAGAGAGGCAUUGACCAAUUGUACAGACCCAAUUGCAGCCAUAGAAGAGUUUCAAGAACAGAAUGGCAUCCUUUUGCCAUCCCUGAAACCAGCUUUGCCUUUCUUAGAUCUGCAUGGUGUAAUGAGACUUGAAUUCCAUCAAUCUGUAGUGGAAGAACUGCAGGAAAGGCUGCUAAAGAGAGUGGCAGAGCUUUCAAGUGGGGAAGAUAAAGGAAAAAACAAACAGCUGAAUGAACUCUUAGAAAAGAGCUUUCCUUUGAUAAAAGUAAAGUCACUGAGACCAAUAGUGAUGUGUGUCAUGAAGCAUUUGCCUAAAAUUAAGGAUUCUUAUUUGGCUCAGAUCAAAGAAGACAGAGAACUUUAUGAGGAUGCAUCUGUGGAGGUUAAAAGGCAAAUUUGGCAGGAUGACCAGGCACUGUUUGGGGAUGAGGUUUCUCCAUUGCUCACUCAAUACAUUGAAGAGAAACAGAAUACAUUGUUUGAUCACAGAAAUAGUGCAUUGACAUUUUUCACUGCCUCCACCAAAGUCCGAAGACAAAAUCCUGUGGUUCAGAAACUUGUGACCAUGGUUGGUAAAAACAUCAAACUGUAUGACAUGGUCCUUCAAUUUUUACGCACACUAUUCCUGAGGACACGUAACGUGCAUUACUGUACAUUGCGAGCUGAGAUACUGAUGGCACUUCAUGAGCUGGAGAUUCAUGAGAUAUGCUCUGUGGACCCCUGUCACAAGUUCACCUGGUGUUUAGAUGCCUGUAUUAGGGAACGCUUUGUGGAUGCUAAGAGAGCCAGAGAACUACAAGGCUUCUUAGAUGGAAUUAGAAGAGGACAAGAACAGGUGUUGGGUGACCUGUCUAUGAUAUUAUGUGAUCCAUUUGCCACAAACACUGUAAGCUUGUCCAUACUGAAGCACCUGAUAUCUGCCUCUAAUACAGAGAGCUUGCCAAGGAACAAUGAAGAUAUACUGCUGUUGCUUAGAAUGUUAGUGCUUGGAAUUGGGUCUUGGGAAAUGAUUGAUAGCCAAGUGUUUAAAGAACCAAAACUGGAUGUAAACAUCGUGACACGUUUCCUACCAGGCAUUGUGUCCAUGCUAGUGGAUGACAACAUUCGAAGCAUCUGUGCAAAAAUACCUGAUGAGAAAUUAGAAGAGACUAGAAAUCCUCCAGAGCAGUAUAUACGCUUCAUACGAAACAGUGAGGUGGCCAGCAUCAUAGCCCUGCAUCAUGCUCUCCAUGCUAUGAAGCAGAAGGACAAAGUGACGUUGAUGAGGGUGCUCCCUGAGCUAUCAUCCUGUGAGAAUGAGAGGGCGUAUGAUGACACCAUGAUGCACUCCUUAGUGUCCUAUCUCAUCUUAAUGGCUGAGGAGUUCAGCCAGGAGGACUUCUGUAUGGCUGUAUUUGAUGAAUUGAUGUUGCCCAGCAUUUCUAAAGAGAGUGCUUUGAGACAUACACUGCGUCUGGUCUGGUAUGUCCACCACCGCCUGCCACCACACAGGUUAGAGGCACUAAUGACGGCAAUGAAACCAAGUACUGAGCAUAGUGAAGCAGUUCAUACCACAUUCCAGUUACUAAGUGAUAAGAUCAACACCUACCAGCCUAGCCCAGCACCACUAGAAGAACACAUCAACUCCCCACUGAUGAGUGUGCCUGCACCUACUCCAAUGCAGUAGACAGGAAUGAUAGUGCCAGAACCCCACACACUUUUAUAAACACACAAAUAUAUGGAGAUAACUUAAAUUAUUUGUGUGUCAGUGUGUAUAAUGGACAUCAAUGAUAAUGCUUUAAUAUCUAUAUUGAUAACUAUAGCGAUAACUUAUCUCUCCGAUGGACAUGGAUGGACACACUAGAAUCUGAAUCACAGAGUUGCAGAUUAAGGGCAGUAUAUGAACUUUCAUGAAUUAGGGUGCAGUUAUAUGGAUAUUUGAACCUCAGCAAGUUUUGUACACAUCAAGGGAUAGGAGAUUGAAUUGUUGUUCAAGUUUCCAUGGUUUUGAUUAAAUUUUCGAUAUUUUGAAGGGGAAACAAGUUUUUCUUUUCCUUGAUGCAGCAGUUUGACAAACUGCUCCUUUACACU